CACUUUCCCGCGUCCAUGGCGAUGGCUUCUGCUCCACUACUAUCCGCACGCAGCGCCGCUGUCUCCGUCACCUGCUCCUCCCGUGAAUACGAAGAAGACGACGGCGGCGCCGUCUCAUGGUCGCUCUCCUCCGGCACACGCUCUUCCUCGUCGUCGCCGCGGGGUCGUCGCCUGCCACCGUACCGCCGCCUCCUCCACGACGAGGCGCGGCGCCUCCGCGGGGAGCGCCGCGGCCAGGGUGCCGGCGCCGAGACGCCCCGAUGGGUACGCCGCACCGAGGGCCAGAUGGCCCGGUACAUCGAGGACGACCGCGCCGGCCACGUUCACGGCCGCCACGUCGUCGCCGCCGUCCGUGCCGCCCGCGCCACGGCGUCACGCCCGCCGGGGUCCAUGCGGGAGGCUAUGGCCUCCUUCGUAACCAAGCUCACCUUCCGCGAGAUGUGCGUUGUCCUCCGCGAACAGCGCGGGUGGCGCCAGGCCCAGGAGUUCUUCUCCUGGAUGAAGCUUCAGCUGUGCUACGAGCCCAGCGUGGUCGCCUACACCAUCCUCCUCAGGGUGUACGGCCAGACGGGGAGGAUCGAGCUCGCAGAGGAGACGUUCCUCGAGAUGCUGGAGGCCGGCGUCGAGCCGGACGCGGUGGCGUGCGGCACCCUGCUGUGCGCGUACGCUCGCCGGGGUCGGCACGGAGACAUGAUGCUCUUCUAUGCAGCGACGCGCAGGCGUGGCGUGGUGCCGCCGGUCCCUGCCUUCAACUUCAUGCUCUCCUCCCUGCAGAAGCACAGGCUCCAUGGCAAGGUGAUCCACCUCUGGAACCAGAUGGUUGAAGAAGCCAAUGUGGUGCCAAAUCAGUUCACGUAUACAGUUGUGAUCGGCUCAUUCGUCAAGGAGGGUCUCUUGGAGGAGGCCAUGGAUGUUCUCGGGAAGAUGAAGCAGUCCCGGAUUGUUCCGGAGGAGGCGACCUAUAGUGGCCUGAUCAGCUUGAGUGCCAGACAUGGCAGAGGGGAACAGGCACUGAGGCUCUACGAAGAGAUGAGGGAUCAUGGCAUUGUCCCUAGCAAUUACACCUGUGCAUCCCUCCUGGCACUCUACGACAAGAACGGGGACUACUCGAAGGCGCUCUCGCUCUUCUCGGAGAUGGAGCGUAGCAAGAUCGUUCCUGAUGAGGUCAUCUAUGGGAUCCUCGUCAGGAUUUACGGUAAGAUCGGGCUCUAUGAGGAUGCACAGCGCACCUUCGAGGAGAUCGACAUGGCGGGCAUGUUGAGCGAUGAGCAGACUUAUGUGGCUAUGGCUCAGGUUCACAUGAAUGCUGGGAACUACGAUAGGGCACUGCUAGUUUUGGAUUCUAUGAGAUCGAGGAGCGUGAAGCCGUCGCCGUUUUCUUACAACGCUCUUCUCCGAUGCCAUGUCGCCAAGGAAGACAUAGCUGCUGCUGAAGAUACCUUCAGAGUUCUGACGAAAUAUGGCCUCCCUGAUGUGUUCUGCUGCAAUGACCUCCUCAGGUUAUAUAUCAAGCUGGGCCAGCUAGACAAGGCCAGUGCACUCAUUCUGGAGAUGACAAAAGAAGAUGUCCAGCUUGAUGAGGGCCUCUGUAUGACUGUGAUGGAAGUUUGCUGCAAAAGCGGGAUGACGGCCGAUGCAAAUAAGGUACUGAAAGAGAUGCAUAAUGAUGGGGUGACCAUUAAGAGUUCAACAAUGGUUUCUCCUAUUGAGAUGUAUGCUAGAAAUAAUAUUAGCGUGAUCCGGGAAGAAGAUACUUCGUCGAAGAUGCUAGACUGUCGGACUGACACUUCAGCACUCAGCACGACAUUGAAAUCCUUGUUGGACACACCUGGGAGUUCAUCCAUCGCGUGCCAAUUGAUCAGAAAAUUUGCUAGGGAAGGAAGUACAGAAGAAGCAAAAUUUCUUCAUGAACAGCUGACUGCACUGGGAGUCAAGCCUGAAGAUUCUGCUACAGCUACUUUGAUUGUCCAAUAUGGCCAGAAACAGAAGUUACGGAAAGCAAAAUUACUAUUUGAGUUGGCAUCAGCAUCGUUUCCUGUAGGAGGGCCUGUCUACAAUGCCAUGGUCGAUGCAUUAUGUAAGUGCAGCAAGACUGAUGAGGCAUAUCAUCUUUUCAUGGAAAUGGUUGAUCGAGGCCAUAUUAGAGAUGCUGUGACAAUUAGUAUACUAGUCACUCACCUGACUAAGCAUGGGAAAUUUCGGGAGGCAGAAAACAUCAUACAUGACUGUUUCGCUGGUGAAGUUGAGCUUGAUACAGUCGUGUACAACACUUUUAUCAAAUCGAUGCUCGAGUCAGGCAAAUUAUACUCAGCUGUCAGCAUAUAUGAUCGCAUGAUAGCCUCAGGUGUUCCUCGGUCCUUGCAGACAUUCAAUAUAAUGAUAAGUGUUUAUGGCCUAGGAGGAAAGCUGGACAAUGCUACUGAAAUGUUUACUGCUGCGCAAGAGCUAGGCUUACCCAUCGAUGAGAAGAUAUACACAAACAUGCUUAACAUCUAUGGAAAGGCGGGGAGGCAUCAGGAGGCAUCUUUGCUAUUUAGUAGAAUGAAGGAACGUGGUAUCAUGCCUGGAAAGAUCAGUUUCAAUUCCAUGAUCAAUGCCUACGCCGCUUCUGGGCUGCAUCACAAGGCAGAGGUUACAUUCCAGAAGAUGCAAUCAGGCAGUCAUGCUCCCGACUCGUUGACUUAUCUCGCACUGAUCAGGGCAUACACCCAGGGUGGAUGCUAUACCAAAGCAGAGGAAGCCAUCCAGAUGAUGCUGGGUAGCAACAUAGCCCCUUCUAGCCUUCAUUUCAACCACCUCAUUUUCAACUUUCUGAAGGAAGGUCAGAUUGAUGAAGCCAAGAGGCUCUGCAGCCAGAUGCGCGAUAUUGGCGUGGCUGCUGAUUUGGCCUGUUGCAGGACCAUGAUGAGGGCGUACCUGGAGCACGGCCGAGUCGAUGAAGGCAUAUUGCUCUUUGAGACGACGUGCAGGUCGCUGAAACCUGACAGCCUCAUCCUGAGUGCAGCAUUUCAUCUCUAUGAGCAUUCAGGCAGGGAAUCUGAAGCUGGGGAUGUGCUGGAUGUCAUCAGUCUGCAUGGUGCUUCUUUCCUGAGGAACCUGAAGGUUGGAUCAAAGUUGCGACCAACUUAGCAGCCAGCUGUAACAGAUAGUCACAACCACAUCAUGUAGUUACUUUCUUUUACAUGAAACUGUGAACAUGAAGAAGCAUGACAAAAAAUCGCCUGUAUCAAUUGGCACACCUUAUCAAUAGGAACAUUGAACUAUUCAAGAAAGAAUAACAUCGCAUCUCAGAGGUUCCGACAGAUGAUCACAUCA